AUGGAUGGCAAAAGGCAUCCCAGCUCAUUUCAGCAGCUGGAGAAGCUGGGCGAAGGCACCUACGCAACUGUAUUCAAAGGUAGAAAUCGACAGACUGGUGAACUCGUCGCUCUCAAGGAAAUACAUCUUGACUCCGAGGAGGGAACCCCGUCGACUGCAAUUCGAGAGAUCUCUCUUAUGAAGGAACUCAAACAUGACAACAUCGUUGCCCUACACGACGUCAUCCACACAGAGAACAAGCUCAUGCUCGUCUUCGAAUAUAUGGACGGGGAUCUCAAAAGAUACAUGGACAUGCAUGGCGAGCGAGGGGCCCUGAAACCCGCCACUAUCAAGAGCUUUAUGUAUCAGCUCCUAAAGGGCAUCGACUUUUGCCACCAGAACCGGGUCCUGCACCGCGACCUAAAGCCUCAAAACCUUCUCAUAAACAGCAAAGGACUUUUGAAACUUGGAGAUUUUGGUCUGGCACGAGCAUUCGGCAUCCCCGUCAAUACCUUUUCCAACGAAGUCGUCACGCUUUGGUAUCGCGCUCCCGACGUCUUGCUGGGCAGCAGGACGUAUAACACCAGCAUCGACAUAUGGUCUGCAGGGUGCAUCAUGGCUGAGAUGUAUACUGGCCGCCCUCUCUUCCCGGGCACUACAAACGAGGACCAGAUUGUCAGGAUAUUCCGCAUUAUGGGCACGCCCACUGAGCGCACUUGGCCCGGCAUCGCACAGUUCCCAGACUAUAAGCCUACCUUCCAAAUGUAUGCCACUCAGGACCUCCGCAAUAUUCUCCAAGCCAUCGACCCUGUGGGGAUCGACCUGUUGCAGCGAAUGUUGCAGCUGCGUCCUGAACUGCGAAUUAGUGCCCAUGACGCUCUUCAACACCCUUGGUUCAAUGAUUUGGUCAUGCAUCAGCAACAGCACCACCAGCAGCAGGCACUGCACGCCCAGGCAAGGGCCUACCAACAAGGUGUACCAGCGCAGAAUUACGAUACUUACUAG